CCACCUUGUACCCUGGCCGUGUAAACUGUAAACACACUCGAGCUCUAGUACAGUACAGUCACAGACACAGGCCGGCUGCACUCAAGACAAGUACUGUAUAUAGUGGACCCAGAGAGACGGUGAGCUGUGAGACUAGGUCCUUGACAGCCGGCCAUGACGACUGCUACUGUGACAGGGCUCAACAUCCAUCCCAUCAAGUCUUGUAGAUCUUUAUCAGUGGAUCGUAUCAGCCUGGACCAAUAUGGUGUAGCGGAUGAUAGACGGCUAAUGGUGGUGGACUCUAGUGGUCGCUUUGUCUCACAACGCAAGUUCCCCAUCCUAGCCACAGUAACUGCCUGCUAUGUAUCAGAGGGAGACGAUGGGAGAGUGUUGACAGUCAGUGCACCCUCUGCUAGCUCUGAGCUCAGACUAACACCAGUGAUGGUUGGACCUCGUGUACCGUGCACUGUCUGGGGCACUAAUGUACAGUUGGUGGAUCAAGGGGACGAGGCUGCAACAUGGUUCAGCAAUCUGAUUGGACUGAGUGGCUUAUACCGAUUGGUUGGUUGUGGCAAGUGUGACGGUGGCUAUGAUAGACGAGUGGAUAAUCUCCCCUCUAGUCUAAAGCAUCGGCUUCCUCCCAUGAGUGUGAGUCUGGCUGAUGCUGCUCCAGUCUCCAUAGUGUCCCAGGAAUCACUAGAGGACCUCAACACACGCAUGAGGUCACUAUACGACACGGAGGUACCUCUCAACAGGUUCAGGAUAAAUAUAGAGAUAGAGGGAGUUAAUGGAGCGUUUGAAGAGGACAAGUGGUUGCUAGUGAGAGUGGGGGAGGUGCCAUUCCUAGCAUACGCCAAUGCUGAGCGCUGCAAGAUGACGGGUAUCGACCAAUUGAGUGGCAGUGUGGAUAAAGUGGGACCACUAGAAGUGUUGAGGAGUUACAGAGCUCCUGGGGGUCCCGCCCACGCAAUGUUCGGCCAGUUCAUGGUACCCCUCCAAUCAGGGGGCACCGUUCACCUCGGGGAUAAGAUCACUGUACUAGAGAGAAAGAAACACUAACUCUAAUGAUGCUACUAGCCAUAUCAUUCCUAUCCUGUACACCAUUUGUACACUGCAAUAAGCAAUAACAUUAUUUUUAUUAUUAAAAACACAAUAAUGACAACAUUAAUAUUAAAUGUACACAAACAAUUAAUAAUACUUG